AUGCUGAGGAAGCCGGUAGCCCAUUUGUAUUCUAUGACAAACGUGAUCUCUCUCGAAUCCACCGUGGAUCAAGUACUCGAAAUCCUGUUUCAGCAAUUGGACGCACGGUUUGCGGAGACUGGACAUGUGUGUGAUCUGGGAAGUUGGUUACAGUUUUUUGCCUUUGACACGAUGGCUACUUUGACAUUCUCCAAACGAUACGGCUUUCUCGAGGAGGGCAGAGACGUCAAUGGUAUCCUGAAUGCCGUCGGGACGUUUAUGAAGAAAGCGGCUCCAAUAGGCCAGAUACCUUGGGUGGACCGCCUCCUGUAUAAGAAUCCGGUUGCCACAGUAUUCCAACGUACAGCUGGGUCUACGAUUCUUGGAAUGGUGAACCAGUAUAUCACAGAGCGGCAGUCACGACGAAACGACACGGGACAUCAUUUGGACAAACCAGAUAUGCUGUCAUACUUUCUGGAGGUUCAAGCAACCAAACUGAACGUACCACAAGGGGCGCCAAAGGCCUGGACCUUCGCCAAUGUAAAGGCUGGCUCUGAUUCUACUGCGAGCGCCAUGCAAACUAUGUUUUACUACCUACUCAUCCACCCGGACUCAAUGAACCGCCUGUUGGUAGAGCUUGAAGAGGUGUAUGUAUCUGAGGACGUACGAUGGCCGAUUCCCAAGUGGGAGCAAGUGCAGCGAUCGUCCUACUUGGACGCCUGCCUCAUGGAGGCCCUCCGCUUACACCCUCCUUUCUCUUUGCCGUUCGAGCGGGUAGUCCCAGCGGGCGGCAUAACAAUUUGUGGGCAGUAUCUACCUUCAGGAACUGUAGUCGGAAUGAACCCGUACGUCGUGAAUCAGCACCGGUCAACCUUCGGGGAGGAUGCGGCCAGAUGGAAACCAGAGCGAUGGAUCGAACUGAAGCCCGAAGAGAGGCGAAAGCUUGAACGCAAUGUGUUGACGGUAUGUUUUCUCUCUAUCUGCAGUAACGAAAGCUACUCCUACUUCCGUCACAUUGACCUCAUUAUGUCCAUUUCCUCCAGUUCGGGGCCGGGCGUCGAUCUUGCCUGGGAAAAAACAUUGCGGUUUUUGAAGUCAAGAAAUUGGUUGCAGCUCUACUUCUCCGCUACGAGGUAUAUCCCCCUGUCCGAGCGAGUCCUUUCGGGAUACUGCUGA